AUGGAUACUUUCUAUAGACUUCGUUCUAUGGCAUGUCCAAAUCUAGACGCAUGGUUAACUGAAUGUUUUGAUGCAUCAAAGACAAUAACCACUGCGUGGACUCUUGACUCGUUACUGAUCAAGCCGGUUCAAAGAUUGUUGAAGUAUCCUUUGCUUAUGGACUCUUUACUUAAAGCCACUAAUGAAGGACACCCCGAUUAUGCUAGCUUGGAAAUGGCUGCUGAGCAGAUGCGAAAAUGUGCUGAUCAUAUCAACUCAGAUAAGUCUGACGAUACUGAGGUAUCACUAUCAAAAAAGGCAUUGCGGCAAAAAGAAUUUGAAGAAGAAUCAGCUAAUUUACGUCAGCUAAAGACCACACCCACUGCUGACGUCGGUUUGCAGCAAUUGCUGUCUAAUUUCUAUCAGAAGAGGAGAAAUAUUCGGUCUUUGAUUCAAUCUAUUGCCACUAACUCAGCGGACAUUCAGCAUCAAUUUAAUAGCAAUUCUGCACUGGCCAAAGCUUGGUUAACUUGGAGCAUGGCAAUUGGAAUCGAUGAGGAAGAUUCAAGCAAGAUGCGUAGAUACAAGCACUAUGCUCUGUUCUCGACACCAUUUACUUCCACAUCUUCAACUCAAUUAUCUACAGCAAAGUUGUCCCGCAAGAUUGAAAAAGAAGUCUUGGUUCCGCUGGAGAAGGUGUGGGCAAUGUAUGAAAGAACCGAACUAUUGGCAGCAGAUCGUCUUAGAUUCCAUGUAUUUUAUGCAAAAUAUGUUGCUUCUAAGAGUGACCUUCCAUAUGUUGUUAGUCCCACUAGUACGGGAGAGCACCAUUCUUUCUCGGCUUUAGAUCGCCAAAGAGCGGACCUGUUUUUCAAGUAUCAUAACAGUCUGAAAGACGGUCUACCUGACUUGUUCAGAUUGACUGAUAGAAUGGUAGAAUGUUGCUUUGCAAAGUAUAUCGAAAUCCAGCGACAGUGGUUCAGAAUGACAGUCGAUUCUAUGGCCACUGUCUUCAAUCUGAAAGUCAACGAUAUUCAAGAUGCAGAGGGAAGAUUAGAUCAUGACCCAAUUGUCGCAAAGUUCAGGGAAACAGAAGCUAUAAGAAACAAAGCUCUUGAGUUGGGUAUUUGUAGAGAAUCGUUUUAUGGUGGAGAUGAUGUUGCUCUUAGUAAUAGCAGCACUUCAGAUUCUGAGUCAACCAGUGAUGCCCAAGAUCGACUGUCUUUGGCGCCAAUGUUAUCUACUGUUACGGUGUCGUCCUCGAAGGAACGACUGAAAAUUCAUCGUAAAAGCAGCAUUCUCAGCCUGACUAACUGGCAGCGGACCCUCAAGUCGAACCCAUCAAAGUUCCUGUCUGGUGCAGGAAAUUAA